AUGUCGAAGUACGGUUUUGUUGCUGUCCCCAGAGACGUGAAGCAGGCGAUCCCUAACCCCAAACUGCCUACUCCUCACUUGGAUACCGAUCUCCCCACUACCAAGCUUGCCAAGUUCAUCACCGACUACACCAAGGAGAAGUUGCCUCUGGAAACGUUUAACCACCUGAUCAGAGUCUACUUGUACCUGAAGGCGAUCAUCGCUGACCAAUUCCCCCAGUGGAACUUGGACGAUGAGGUAUUAUACGUCACGGCGAUGCUCCACGAUAUCGGCCAAAUCAAAGAGUGUAUGGACGCUACCAAGAUGCUGUUUGAGUUCUACGGUGGCUUCUUAGCCCACAAGCUUGUCACCGAGCACACCGGCGACCGUGAUUAUGCCGAUGCCGUGUGCGAAGCCAUCAUCCGCCACCAGGACCUUGGCGACCUGGGGUUCAUCACCACGUUGGGUUUGAUUAUCCAGAUCUGUACCAUCUUGGAUAACGUUGGUUUGAACCCGGAAUUGAUCCACAAGGAUACUCUUGACGCCGUCAACAAGGCCUAUUCCCGUAAGGGGUGGCUCCAGUGCUUCGCCGGCUCCAUCGACAACGAGAAUAAGCACAAGCCGUGGGGGCACACGUCGAAGUUGGGCGUCGACAAGUUCAGGGAGGACGUAUUAGCCAACAAGUUGGCCUACGAAAAGUUGUAA